AUGGAAAUAAGGGAGUCUAAAGGAAAAGUAAGGAGUGAAGGAGUAGUGUUUGAGGAAAUUCCUGUCGAAGUUCAUGAGGGAGAUGAAAAGAGUGGAGGUAGGGUAGAUACUGAAUUAAAAGGCCAUGAAUCAGAUGUGCAGGAGGAGGGGCUCAACUCAGCUGUGAUCUCUAUUGAGCACUCUGCAGUGAUACCUGAGGUUAAUUUGGAGGUGGAGAAGAUUGAUGAAGAGGAAGUGCAAGACAAGGGUACACAAGUAGAGAAAAAAAAGUGUUGGAAGAGAAGAGUAAGGGGAAGGGGUCAGGUGAGUCAGGUUUGCUCUCUAAACCUGAAUUCUAAACGUGCAAAAUCUGAGGAGGAUGUGGAAAUGUUGUUGUUAGGGGGUGGAAAAAAGGCAAGACUGAAUGAGGGAGCAGAGCCUGUGUAUAAUCUCUGUGAGGUGGAGGCUGUUGAGCAGCCCCACCUGCCCAAUGUAGUGUUCCUUAUGGAGACAAAAAUGAAUGGUGGGAAGGUGGAGAUGCUAAAGGGAAAAUUACAGAUGGAGGGAUGUGUAGCUAGUAAGGGGGAGGUAAAGGAGUGGUUCUUUACAGGGUUUUAUGGCCAUCCUGAUGUGAGAAAAAGAAGCAUGUCAUGGGAUUUGUUAAACAAAUUGAGGCCUACAAACCAGGGAGCAUGGUGUGUUGCAGGUGAUUUUAAUGAAAUACUUAUACAAGCUGAAAAGAGUGGUGGUAAUUUGAGGAGUGAAGGGCAAAUGGCUCAAUUCAGGGAGGUGCUAGAGAAUAACAACCUCUCUGAUUUGGGUUGUUGUAGUGGUUUUUUCACCUGGAGCAACAGGCACUCAAAUACCACUUUUACAAAAGAAAGAUUAGACAGGUAUGUGGCAAAUACUCAGUGGAGGGAGUUGUUUAGGGGGAUUAAAGUAGAAGGUCUUACAGGAAGAUGUUCAGACCAUCUUCCCAUUCUAUUAACAGUGAUGGGAAAAGAGGAAAAACAUGAUGGUAAAAGGAAGUUUCCAUUCAGAUUUGAGGCUAGCUGGAUCAAAGAAGACAAGUGUGAGCAGCUUGUUAGGCAGGGUUGGUAUAGGAAGGGAGUUAUGGAGGAUCCCAUUAGAAGAGUUUCUGCAAGGUUGGAGACAUGCAAAGGGGGUCUGAAUACUGAAGAACUCAGAAAUCUUCAGGAUAAAGUGGGACUUCUUUUAGAACAGGAGGAUCUUAAAUGGAAGCAACGAGCCAAGAGAAAUUGGUAUUGCUUGGGAGACAAGAAUACAAAAUUUUUUCAUGCCUGUGCAAACCAGAGAAAAAAGAAAAACCAGAUCCUGUCAGUUGUGGAUUCGAAUUCUAAUCUAAGGGUGAAUCAAGAAGGGAUUGCUGAAGCUUUUAAGGAUCAUUUUUCUGAGAUCUAUAGAACUGCAGUUCCUUCUAGUAGUUCUAUUGAGGCUUGUUUAAGUGCAGUUAAAAGUAAGGUGACAGAUGAAAUGAAUCAGUUUCUGUUAAAGACUUUUACAAGGGAGGAGGUGGUGGAAGCUGUAAGGUUGAUGGGCCCACUAAAAUCACCUAGGCCAGAUGGUUAUGGGGCAUGUUUUUUUCAGUCUUAUUGGGAUAUUGUGGGGAAAGAUGUGUGUGAGGCUGCUCUUAAAUUUCUGAAUGGAGGAGGGAUGGAUAAGGGUCUGAACCAUACCUUCAUUGCUUUGAUCCCUAAAGUAAAAAAACCAGAAUCUGUUAAUGACUUUCGCCCAAUCAGUCUUUGCAAUGUUAUGUAUAAAAUCAUUGCAAAGACAUUAGCAAACAGGUUAAAAAAGGUUCUAGGUGAUGUUAUCUCAAGAACUCAGAGUGCUUUUGUCCCUCAAAGACUUAUCACUGACAACAUUAUCACUGCUUAUGAAGUGUUACAUUCAAUGCAAACAAGGCAGAAGGAUAGGGUGGGGAGUAUGGCUCUCAAAUUGGAUAUCUCGAAGGCUUAUGACAAAGUAGAAUGGGUUUUCUUGGAAAAAAUCAUGGAGAAGUUGAGGUUUUGUGAGAGGUGGGUGGCUUUAAUCAUGGAGUGUGUGUCUACUGUCUCAUAUGCAAUCUUAACAAAUGGGAGUCCAGGUGAAAAGUUCAAACCAACAAGAGGAUUGAGACAGGGGGAUCCACUUUCCCCCUAUCUAUUUCUGUUGUGUGCAGAAGGUUUAAGUGCCAUGCUUCAAUCAGCAGAAGAGACAAGAGAGUUAAAGGGGGUAGCAGUAGCUAGAGGGGGUACAAAAGUAACUCAUCUGCUCUUUGCAGAUGAUUGUAUUAUUUUUGGCAAAGCUAGCUGGAGUGAAUGGAGGAAGAUAAUGAGCAUAUUGGAGUUUCCUAAUGCAAAGAAAAAUGCAAAGGAGGGUGUACUAAAGGAGUUGGGUGCUAGAUUGGUUACAAGCUGUGAGAAGUAUUUGGGCUUGCCAAUUAUGGUUGGCAGAUCUAAGUAUGAUUCUUUUAGAAGCAUAAAGGAUAGGAUCUGGCAGAGGGUUAACAAUUGGAAGCAUAAGUUUUUGUUUCCUACUGGUAAAGAAGUUCUUCUAAAAGCUGCUAUUCAAGCUGUGCCUAAUUAUCACAUGAAUGUUUUUAGACUCCCAAGGAAACUUUGCAAGGAAAUAGUUGCUGUUAUGGAAAAAUUCUGGUGGGGAUUCAAGGAAAAUGAAAGGAAGAUUCAGUGGAAGAGUUGGUCGAAGAUGGGGGGGUUGUCAAAAGCUGACGGGGGGUUGGGAUUUCGAGAGUUAGAAAGUUUUAAUACUGCUCUACUUGCCAAGCAGUGUUGGAGAAUUUUCACUGAUCCUCAUUCUUUGGCAGCAAGAGUAUUAAAAGACAAAUACUUUAGACAUUCAGAUUUCCUUCAAGCAAAUUUGGGUCACAGGCCAUCUCUGAUUUGGAAGAGUUUAUGGAGUUCUUUGGGUUUACUGAAACAUGGUUUGGUGUGGAGGGUGGGUACGGGUCAGAAAAUCAAAGUGUGGGGUGAUAGGUGGAUCCCAACUUUGACAUCACACAGCAUACGAUCUCCUGUUGCUGUUUUAAACAAUGAAGCAAGAGUAAAUGAAUUAAUUGAUAGUAGCAGAGGGGCAUGGAAGGAAGAGCUUGUAAAGGAGGUGCUAAAUGAAAAUGAAGCUAUGGUUGUAUGUAAUCUACCAAUCAGUAAAUCUGGUUUGCCUGAUAAACAGAUUUGGGGUUAUACAAAGGAUGGCUUUUUUAGUGUUAAGAGUGCAUAUCAUUUGGAGGUGAGUAGGAAAAGAAGAGAGAAAGGGGAAAGUUCAGAGGGGCAUUCUUUUAACUGGAAAAAGUUAUGGGGUUUGAAUGUACCAAGGGUUGUUAAAGUAUUCCUUUGGAAAGCCUUAAAUGACUGUUUACCAACCAGGACUAAUCUGAAAAAAAGAAAAGUGGUGAAAGAUGCCUGUUGUCCUAUCUAUGAAACUGAGGAUGAAUCGAUCACUCAUGCCUUAUGGAGCUGCAGGGGAUCAAUGGAUGUUUGGGCUGAUAAGAAGAGUCCUCUACAUAAAUGGUCAAGUAAUGAAGUCCAGUUUUAUGAAUUAUGGGAAAGGCUAUCAGCUUUGGUAGCAAAGGAGGAACUGGAACUAGUAGUAGUUGUUAUGAGGGGAGUAUGGUUCAGGAGAAACGCUUUUAUUUUUGAGAAUAAGUUUACAGAUCCUGGAACUAUAGUAGAGCAGGCUGCCAUUUCACUUGAGAAUUUUCAGACAUCACAAACUAUAAAGAAGGGGGGUAUGGGAAGUAAUGGAAAGGGAAGACAGGGUUGUAAAUGGAAGGCUCCUAUUGGUGAAUGCAUCAAAGUCAAUUGGGAUGCUAGUAUAAAUAAAAAAGAUGAAAGAGUGGGAAUAGGGGUUGUGGUGAGGGAUGGAAGGGGGGAGGUGAUGGUGUCUCUCUGCUACUCGAAUGAAGGUUGUUGCAGUCCAGUUGUAGCUGAGCUCCGGGCUUUAUGGAGAGCUAUGAAGUUAUGUGCAGAGCUUAAUUUUGAGAAUGUGAUCUUUGAAGGGGAUGCUUUAGUUGUUGUGAAUGCUGUAAACAGUGAGAAAGAAAGCUGGGAAUGGUAUGGACAAAUGGUAGAAGAUAUGAAGGGAGUGCUCAAGAUUAGACAAAGGUGGAAAGUUCAACAUGUUUUUAGGGAAUGUAAUCAAGUUGCACACCUACUUGUUAAAGUUUCUUUUACUUUCAAUGAGGAACAAAUCUGGAUGGAGUGUUGUCCACCGGAAGUUCAAAGUGUUGUUACACAGGAAUACUUGUAUAUGAGUGAUUCAUAA